GGAGGCCGGGCCCCGGGUGGCUGUUGGUCCGCCCGCCCGCCCGCCCGCCCGCCCGGCCGCCCUCGGGGCGCUGCCCACCGUCGGGGCGAUGCCACCUGGGGAUGUGCCGGGCAGCGGGGCCCCGGAGCCGGAGCCGCCCGGCUGGCCUUAGGCGGGGCGGUUGUUGGCCCUGCCCUCGCCCCGGCCAGGGUGAUGGGCAACCAGGUGGAGAAACUGACCCACUCAAGUUACAAGGAAGUUCCCACGGCAGAUCCCACUGGGCUGGACCAAGACGAAGGCCCCCGCAUUGGAGUGUCCUACAUCUUCUCCAACGACGACGAGGAGCUGGAGCCGGGGCCGGAGGAGGGGGAACAGCAGCAGCAGCAUCCACGGAACCAGGAGAUCCCGGCGGCCCAGCAGGUGCCCUACGAACCUCGACUGCACGAAGUGGAGUGCUCGGUCUUCUAUCGGGACGAAUGCAUCUACCGCAAGAGCUUCUGUUCCGGCCCGGCGGCCCUGAGGACCUACACGCCGGAAAACCUGCUCAGCAGGUGCCAGCCCGGAGACCUGGUGGAGUUUGUGGCCCAGGCCCAAUUCCCGCACUGGGCCGUCUACGUGGGCGACUUCCAGGUUGUCCACCUGCACCGGCUGGAGGUGAGCAACAGCUUCCUGACGGACGCCAGCCAGGGCCGAAGGGGCCGGGUGGUCAACGAGCUGUACCGCUACAAGCCGCUCAGCCCCGGCGCCGUGGUGCGCAACGCUCUGGAGCAGGUGGGCGCCCGGGAGCGCGAGCUGAGUUGGCGCAACUCGGAGAGCUUCGCUGCCUGGUGCCGUUACGGCAAGCGUGAGUUCAAGAUCGGUGGCGAGUUGCGCAUCGGCAAGCAGCCCUACCGGCUGCAGAUCCAGCUGUCGGCCCGGAGGAGCCACACGCUGGAGUUCCAGAGCCUCGAGGACCUGAUCGUGGAGAAGAGGCGCAAUGACCAGAUGGGGCGAGCCGCCGUGCUGCAGGAGCUCGCCGCCCACCUGCACCCCGACGAGGGCGACCCCGACGACCCCCGGAUCGCCGGCCUGCAGGCCCCCUGAGCCCCCUGGGCCACCACCUAGAAGCAGCUGGGCUUCAAAAGGACCUGGGGAGUGGGUCAGUGGCCUUGGGCAGACAGGCCUCUCCCUGGAUUUGCGGAGAUGCGGCGCUCAGAGAAGCAUCCAUCUCUCCUCCAUCCACCCCGCCACCACGUUUGCCCUUGGUGGAAUGAGACCCAUUCCGGAGGCUGUCCUGCUUUCUCCACGGCCCCUCUAAUUUGUUUUUAAUUUUUGUUCCUCCGAGCGCAUGUCAAAGCAUCCUUUGAUAUUUGCUGGGAAACUUGGAGAGGAAGUCAUCGUAUUCUGGAUUUUUGGUUGUUGGGUGUUUUGGGUUUUUUUGGGGGGGGAGGUGUUCUUUUCUUAAAAUAACCCUUUCGCCCCCUCCCCCGGCCCAUAUUCACCUACUCUGAACUUCCCUCGGGGAGGGAGAGUGGGAGAAGAGUGAUUACUUCGUGGGAGACCCCGGGCAGAGGUGCGGGAAAGGGCUCGGAGCUGCAGACCAAAAACAAUUUGGCCCUAAUAGGUGGAACGAAUGAGUUUGUAAACCACGGGAAACUGAGAGGAGAUAAAGACCUUUCCCUCCCUCCUCUCAAGAUCCUAAAGGAAGAUCCUAAAGGGUUAAAUAUCAGACGGUGUUUUUCUUUGUUGGGGGGUGGGGGGGGGGUAAAGAAUUUUCUCUUGCUGCUCUCAGUCCUUCCUCCUUCUCCCACAUUAUAAGUAAAUCACUGUCAGGGGCUGUCUGGGGGAAGGAUUCAAUUAAGGUUCUGUUUUGUGGGCUUUGUUUCUCCCCCUACUGCUGAAGACAUUGUAGCAGAGCUAUUUGUUACUUAAGGAAGGGCUGGUGGGAGGGGAGAGCUGGAGAGGGGGAGAAAUCCUUUGUGUCAUUGAUCUAAUUAAAGUUGCUGGGUUUGUUCAUCAGCUAACGGAGGACACGGUGCUGGUUUCCUGCUAUAGAUUACCAAAGCAACCCUGCCGAAUCAAUAUGUUGUUUUGAUUUCCCCUCCCAGGCUCCAAUACUUUCACCCCCCCCCCCCAAAAAAAAAGUUAUCUCUAAGAUCCAUUUCUCCUGAAUGCUUUAUUUCCUUCUGAAUUUUUCAAGUAGUAAAACCCAUCUGGGUUCCACAGUCAAAUAACAAUUUUGAAGUCACUCAAUGUGCCUGAACAGUGGUUGUUCAAAAACUCUAACUAGUCUGCAGUUGUCUCAUCCAUUCCUUGGAGCAAAAAUUCUUCAGGAACUGUUGCUCAGGAAUGGAGAGAAACAGGUUAACCACUAACCAAAUGCCACCUCACAUGAAAACUGGUGAUAUGAUCUGGAUGCCAGUAUAAUCCAAACGACAUUGGUGGGCAUAGAAAUCUAGUUGCUAAUGAAGCACUGGUCUGUUUGCUGUAAGGCUUUUUUAGUGUUGUAAACUGCCAAAUGAAAGGCUCCCUUUGUCCAGAAAUGAUUUGAACACUUAGUUUUUGGAUGCAGCCUAUCCUGCUUUAAAGUGUUGGGCUUGCCUGAACUACUGUUCAGCAUAUUGUGUUCCAGCCCUUGGGGUGUGUGUCAUCUGCACUGUUUGUGUAUUUCCAAGUUUGAGAGGGGAUCAAAUUCACUUGAAUGCCUGAGGGUGAGGCCAGAGCUCUAGGGGGUAACUGUUUGGGAUAUGGUUGUCAAGUUGUUUCCAAGUGUAGUAAAUGUGUUUGCUGGAUAUCCUUUGGAUUUCUGAGUCCUUGCAGCAUGAAUUUGGGAAAGGCCUUUUUGGUUAUUUUUCCCAUACUUUCGUAAACUGACCCAAUAUGAUGAGAAAUACCUUACCAACAGUGGCUGAUCUUGUUCAGGGAGGGAGACAGCAUUUGAAGGGAGGGCAGUUUUCACACUUCAAUCCAGAUUCAUGCUUCAAUCCAGUUUCACGCUUCAAUCCAGUUUCAUGCACAUAUAAUCUGCAUAUACUCUGCACCCUUCGGGGUGUGAUUGCUUAAUGAUGCCUCUAGCCAGAGGGUUAAGAGUUAAUCUUAAAGUGAAACAACUCUUGAAUUUUCUCCAGUCCAUACGAACCUUGUCUAUUUAGCACACCACCUGCAUAGAUAAAUAUUGCAUAGAUAAAUAUUGCAGGAAUCCUCUUUGCCCACACACCACACUGUUUUUUUUCCUAGCAAUUUCAACUGCUUCCUCUUCCCCCAAACUUUUUUCAGAGCUGCUGCUGAGCAGGUGAACUGAGUGCCUCCUUUCUUUUUCCUCCCUCUGUUAGAAAUGCUGAAGAGGAAUGAAAUCACAAGACUGACAGGUGGAGGGAAAGUGAUCCAAUUCUACGUGCCUGGCCCCUCCUCAAAAAUAACCAGAUUUGGUCUUCCUAGCAGAGGGACUGGAGUGACUGUGCUUGGACCCCACAAACCCCACUCGAGAGGAAUCAGAAAACCGUAGGGCCGAAUAGUCCAAACUUAGAUGUUCUGUUUUGGCAGCCAAAAUGAUAAUAGUCCCUGUUCCAACUUGCAAGAAGAUGUUUGCAUCAGGGAAUAUUUAGGUGACAUUGGGCCAGCUGUACAACAUGUAGGAUAAAACUGCUAGAAUUUUGUACAACCCCACCCCCUAAAAGGCAUAAAUCUGUUUCCAUGGACCCUGGAGAAGAGAGAAUGAUGUGAUUUUCCUCUAGAUGGCGGUGCUUUGGAAGGGUUUUGUUGGGUUUUUGUGUGUGUAUUUAUGUGCGUUGGGUGAAAGGCUUCAUAGCAAUGGCUACAUCUGGCACUUUAUUCAUAUAUAUUCAAUGUAGAGUUAAAUAUUUUCCUUAGGACUGAGGGGAAAAUGAGAAAUGAUUUGUACUCUGGGUCACUGAUUCUCUUUAAAAGUAUCAUUGAAUCUAGUGGUUCCAGAAGCCGAGUCAGACAGUAGACUACUAGAAAAAAUCCUAAUCCAAUUCAAACAAAAUUCUAUUUUCUUACCUGAAAAUAUUUUAUUGACACUGUCUUGCGUCUAUGUGUAAUGAUGAUCUUGGCAAGAGCUCUACGUGUACUACACAACUGCUUUUAUUGAAUCAGAACUCCAUGCUUUUCUGUAGCUUUUUCCACAGUUAAUUUUGCAGGACUAGAUAGAAGACGUACAUCUUGAAGCUCUAACUCUAUUCUGAACUUAAAUGUGAGAGUUUUCUAAGCCUUUAAGAAAAACGUUCCUCGAGUGGUAGCCUUGUUUGCUUGUCACUUCUGACAGUUACCGAACCAAACUGCAACAACAACCACAAAGGAACAAAUAUUUUUGAAAACAAAACUUUAAUUUUAUACAACAGAUCAUAUAUGGAGAGGUAGGAAAAUGUAGGGACUAUUUGUUUUUUAAGUAGCUUUUUUAAAAGAAUCCACUGUGUUCAGACUGUCACUGUUGCGUGCUUGUCUAACCACUUUUUUAUAAAUUAGAGAGAUUCGAGCGUGAUUAUUAUAUUCGUCAAUGAAUGGAUCUGUGUUUUUAAAGCCACACCUGUUUUGCUUGUGAAUUUUUUUUUUAAAUCAGGGUACCUUCAGACAUAAGUGAUCUUUGAUUUCACUUUCCAUUACUGUGAACAAAUGAAUUUCACUAAAUGUAUGUACUUGAACUUUUUAUUUAACAUUGUAAUCCUUCAUAGACUAUCAUUAAUAUGGGUAAGUGUCAUGUAGGCUUUUUUCCUGAGUUGUGUGAACUCUUUUAUUUUUGCUGAAGGCUGUUUGGUUGUUUUUUUUUCCUGUCAAUGUUCAAUUGUUCUUAUACCACUUCUCUUGAAAGGAAGUUCAGAUCUUGAAUUGUGUCAUUUUCCUUCAAAAUGAAGGGCAGUGCAUAGUAAAAAAUAAAAGAUUUAUGAUAUCUUUUAAACUU